AGGGAAACCCUACACCCUCCUUUUCUGCUGAAGCUUAAACCCAGACCACUGCUCCAGCAAGCAUAGCAAUGGAGGGUGAUGCUGAUGCUGCGCAGAAUGACCAAAAUGCCGUCCAGAAUUUGUCUGAUUUACAGCCAAGUCCUUCACAAGGUGAUCAGCCACCUCCUCCUCUCUCGAAAAAUGCCCAAAAGAAGUUAUUAAAGCAGAAGAAAUACGAGGCCAAGAAAGCAGAGAAAAAGGCCUUAAUUAAAGAGCAGAAGAAGCGAGAGGCGGAGAGAAAGCGCAAGGAAUGGGAGGAAGCCCUCGCCGGCGUCUCAGAAGAGGAGAGGCUAAAACUGAUAGAGUCGAGAAGAGAGCUCCGGAAGGAGCGAAUGGAGAAACGGUCUGAGGAAAGAGAAAGCAAAAUACAGAGGCUCACCGGGGCCAAAACCCACGGCCAAAAAAUCGUCAUUGAUCUCGAAUUCUCUCAUCUCAUGACCUCCUCUGAGAUCCACAGCCUUGUUCAACAGAUUAUGUAUUGCUAUGCAGUGAAUGGAAGAUGCCCUUCUCCUUGUCACCUCUGGUUGACAGGUUGCAAGGGAGAAAUGGAGAACCAAUUGCAGAGGCUUCCAGGAUUUGACAAAUGGAUAAUUGAGAAAGAAAGUCGAUCAUAUAUUGAAGCAUUGGAAGAUGAGAAAGAAAAUCUUGUCUAUCUUACGGCUGAUGCUGAAAAGGAGCUAGAUGAACUUGAUCCCCAAAAAUUAUAUAUUGUUGGUGGGUUAGUGGAUCGUAAUCGGUGGAAGGGGUUAACCAUGAAGAAAGCACAAGAGCAGGGAAUCCAAACUGCGAAACUACCUAUUGGCACUCACUUGAAGAUGUCAAGUUCUCAGGUCCUUACAGUAAACCAAGUAAUAGAGAUACUCCUCAAGUUCUUGGAAACAAAAGAUUGGAAGGCUUCAUUCUUUCAAGUAAUCCCUCAGAGGAAAAGAUGUGAAACUGAUUCAAGAGAAGAUCAAGGAGUUGAUGGGGAAGAGAAUGAGGAGAAAGAGGAGCCAUCUGAGAAGAAGAGGUGCACUGAUGAUUCUUCCAGCAGGUAGAACUUACCAGCUAGUUGAAUUGAAUUUUUGUCAUAUUUUGAAGGCAUUAACAUUGGGAAUGGGCUAUCUACGUUUGUAUGACUGAGAAAUUGAAUGCCUAACAUUGUUUUCUCAAUGCAAGCUUCCCAUCUUUCCUGUGAA